AUGCCCCAGCUCGGGCAGGUGUCCACUCAGUGGACUUAUUCCCAACAAGAAAUAGCCCCACGAAACGAGCCCAGAAAGCCCAGUAACCAAACCGUCCCGUCCCUUCCAGAAAACCACCGGCGGCACAAAUCGCGGCUGUCCCCGACGACGACGACUCCGAAUUCGGGAGGACCGAAGCGGCGCAGGCUCCAAUCUCCAUCUCCACCUCGUGAAGCAGGAGACUCACCGCUCCCGACGGAGAAGAUGGCCGGCGGCAGCUGCGGCGGCGGCAGCCGCGUGAAGGUGGUGGGGCAGGUGGAGCGGGUGGUCGGGGCGACGCUGAGCUACGCGGAGUUCGUCGACCGCUUCAUGAGGCCCAACCUCCCCGUCGUCCUCACGGGCCUCACCUCCUCCUGGCGGUCCUGCCACGACUGGACGCUCGCCGCCGCCGCCGACCGCCGCGCCCCCGACCUCGACUUCCUCGCCCGAAGCUUCCCUUCUCCCCUCGUGCAGGUUGCUGACUGUUCCUCGAGGGAGUUCUCGGACCAGAAGCGGCUCGAGAUGUCGAUGCGGGAGUUUGUCGACCACUGGGCUGCGAGUUCGAGCAAUGGGGAUUCUGAUGGUUCCCUGCUGUACCUGAAAGAUUGGCAUUUUGUGAAGGAGUACCCUGGUUAUGUUGCAUACACCACACCAACAUUCUUUGCCGAUGAUUGGCUCAACAUGUAUCUUGAUAGUCAUCCUAUACAUCGAGAUUCUGACAUUGCCAACCAUACAAAUGAAAUAAACUGUGCUGACUAUCGGUUUGUUUACAUGGGACCAAAAGGAACUUGGACUCCUCUUCAUGCUGAUGUUUUUAGGUCAUACAGCUGGUCGGCAAAUGUAUGCGGCAGAAAACUAUGGCUCUUUCUACCACCAUCACAAAGUCAUUUUGUAUUUGAUAGGAACCUACGAUCUUCGGUCUAUAACAUAAAUGAUGAUGUUUCUGAAAAGCAGUUUCCUGAAUUCAAUAAUACUAAAUGGCUAGAGUGCACUCAGGAGCAGAAUGAAAUCAUUUUUGUGCCUAGUGGGUGGUAUCACCAAGUCCAUAACCUGGAGGAUACUAUAUCAAUAAACCAUAAUUGGUUUAAUGGCUACAACCUUCAUUGGGUGUGGAACUUGCUUCAUGAAGAUUACAAGGUAGCAAAAGAUUAUAUUGAAGACAUUCGGGACAUAUGUGACGAUUUUGAGGGACUAUGUCAACGCAACUUAGCAGCAAAUACAGGCAUGAACUUCUAUGACUUCUUCGUCUUCAUAACACGUUUUGCUUUAGCCAAUAUAGUUGAGCUUUACCAUAUUCAGAAUCCAAAAGAUACUGACUUCAUUUCAGCCGAAACUGCUAACCACUUUGUCUAUAAUCUCAUGUCGAUCCGUGAUGUUGCAUCAAAAAUGGUAUCUACAGAAGCUUUCAAUACCGAGAAUAUUUGUAAUAUCUCAGAACAAAACCGGAGUGCUUUCUCUGAUAUCAUAAAAAUAUUGGAAGAAGAGAGUUUCAGAAGGUUAUUGGUGGCGUUGUCAAAGGCAUAUAAUUACAUAGACAGAGGACAAAAAGAUUGUCUCAAAAUGAAGGAUUCAAGUCAGAAGGGUUGUUUGUCAGUAACCUGCUUAAAACCUGACUGUAAUGUUGUUGGUGACAUUAUUUCUUUCAUGCGUGAGAUUCAUGGACCUAUGGAUUUGGUAACACUAAUUGAUAGUGCUCUCUCUGAUAGAUAGUUAUAAGCUUACCUGGCACUGUAAACUUAUGUUUGCACCGUUGCAUAACCUAUUUCUUUAGGAACCCUGGAUACUUGACCACUGUUAAAUGCUCA